AUGGGUUCAAUUCGGUCCUUUCUUCUGUUCUUUCUUGUUUGCGGCUCUUUUUUCGUUUCGGUUUCCCACUCCCGAUCCAUCGGUAUCGACUUGGGUACCACAUACUCUUGCGUGGGUAUCCGACGCAAUCAAAAUGUUGAAAUCAUCACCAACGAGCUUGGCAAUCGCAUCACUCCCUCGUAUGUUUCCUUUACAGAGGAUGGAACGCGCCUUGUCGGUGAUGCCGCCAAGCUCAACCAGGCUUUGGCACCUCUUUCUACCAUCUACUCGGCAAAACGAUUUAUCGGGCAGUAUUAUAACGAUGCCAAUGUUCAAUUAGAACUUCAAUAUGCCAUUUAUGAGGUGGAAAAUGUUGGCAACAAGCCGAUGUUUAAGGUUCCCAUUGGAGCGAAUCACAUUGAAAGCUUCACUCCUGAACAGAUUUCGGCCAUGAUCCUUUCCAAGCUGAAGGCUAUGGCGGAGACUUAUCUUGGCGAGACCGUCACCUCGGCCGUCAUUACGGUGCCUGCAUAUUUCACAGAUAGUCAGCGUCAAGCAACUAAAGAUGCAGGAGUCAUUGCCGGCUUGAAGGUCGAUCGCAUCAUUAAUGAGCCCACGGCUGCCGCCAUUGCCUAUGGACUCGAUCGCAAAUCAAAGGAGAUGACUGUUUUAGUUUUUGAUCUCGGAGGCGGUACUUUCGACGUGUCUUUGCUCACCAUUGAUGAGGGUGUUUUUGAGGUUCUCGCCAUUGCUGGUGAUCCACAUCUUGGAGGUGAAGACUUUGACAACAAUCUGCUCAAGCAUUUUCUCAAGAUUGCUUCUCAGCGCUUCAAAGCCGACUUUACAGACAACAUGGUUAUCGUUUCAAAACUCAAGCGCGAAGUGGAGAAGGUCAAGAAAAUUUUAUCCUACGAAGAAUCGGCUACCCUUACAAUUGAAAACUUUUACAAGGGAGAAGACUUUAGUGAGAAAAUCACCCGUGCUCGCUUUGAAGAUCUAAAUCGCGAUCUCUUCAUGAAGACUUUAAAGCCGGUUGCCCAAGUUUUGGAAGACGCAAAGGUAUCCAAAAGCAAUGUUGAUGAGGUUGUGUUGGUCGGUGGCUCAACUCGAAUUCCUUUUGUACAAAAGAUUCUGCAAGACUUUUUCAACGGAAAGAAACUCAACAAAGACAUCAAUCCGGACGAAGCUAUUGCGUAUGGUGCUGCCGUCCAAGCCGCAAUUAUUUCGGGAGAAGACAAGUCUAGUGAUAUCGUUUUGCUUGACGUUUGCCCUCUUUCUCUUGGCAUUGAAACGACCGGUGGUGUUAUGACUACGCUGAUAAAAAGAAACACAGCCAUCCCCAGCAAGCGUACGCAGAUCUUUUCCACUGCUGCGGAUAACCAGUCUACUGUAGAAAUCAAAGUCUACGAGGGCGAGCGUACUCUUACUCGAGACAAUAAUCUUCUCGGUAAAUUUUCGCUUUCUGGGAUUCCCCCGGCUCCGCGUGGCGUUCCUCAAAUCGAGGUCGUUUUUGAUAUCGAUGUCAAUGGUGUCCUUCGUGUAAAUGCCUAUGACCUUGCAUCUGCAAACAAAGACAAGUCGUCCGGAAUUACAAUUACCAACGACAAGGGUCGUCUCAGUCCAGAAGACAUCGAGCGUAUGGUUGCCGAGGCCGAUUGGUGA